GCUUCAGUCGGUAGAAAACAGUUUUUUCAAAUUAACACUGAUAACCGCGACACUUAAGCGCUGUCUUCAUUAUUUAUUAUUAUCGUCAAAUUCUUCAUAUAAUCUAUCAAUCUAUUGUGAAUAUAACAAUUAACUGAAGUUUCUAUAAGAUGGAGAACGAAGAACCAAUUCAAGAAAAAAAACCUGAUAAUUUUUCAUACGUCAUAAAUCACCCUCCGAAGUAUGCAUUACCUCCUUAUCAGCAUCCCAAAUUUGCAACUCUGAGUUUGAUAGAGCAAGUGCAAGUAAUGUGCUCAUAUCAUGAUUUAAUAGCUAACAAUAUAACAAGAGAAACAAAAUACCGAUAUCGUGAUUUCAAAUAUCCUGAACCAAUUAAAUGCCAACCAGACACUCUUCAAGUUUCAAUUGAAUCAUUUAAAUGCCAACCAGAACCUAUUGAAGAUUCAAUUAAAGUCCAAGAAUACCCUAUUCAAGAUUUUGCAGAACCAAAAGAAGUCUUCAAAAGAGCUACUCGAAAGAAUUUAAGAAAGGUUCAUUUAGGAAUACGUUCAGAUGAGGUGGACAAUUCUAAAAGAUCCAAUGAAGAAGAAAAAGUCAAAGAAAAAGAAGUAGAAAACAACGAGAAAUCAAGUACAGAAACUGUAUCCACCAACGGAAGCCAUCAUGAGAAAGCUACUGAUGGUUAUGAAAAACCAUCACCACAAUAAAAUAUGAUGCAAUGUAAAAGUGUAUGUUUAAUAGAUGUUCCAAGGAGGGAUGUGGUCAACGAU